AUGGCUUUGGGAUCAGGAAUCGGCCUAGUGCCGAUGUGGAGUUCCUGUCCGUCCGUGAACCCCCCAACAUUCCCUAAGGGCGGGAUAGAGAUACUGCGGCAGUCGCUGGAAGCACAGGAGGAAGUUGAGAGGACAUUUAGAGAGCGUGAGGCUGGUCAUAUAGAAUGUUUGAACUUCAAGAAGUCGCUAAGACACCUGCUGCGAAAGCAGAAUGAGCGGCGAGAGGAGCUGCAGUUAGUGGAGCAGCGUGCAUCUGAGCGCACACAGGCUCUUCUUGACGAACUGCUCAUUGUUGUACGUGAACGAUUGAAGGCAAUGAGUCCAGAAGGGUAUCAAUCCAUUACUUUUGACAACGGCGAUAUGUAUGAAGGCAAUUGGAAAAGUUGCCGAAUGCACGGGACGGGCGUCAUGCGCCGAGUGGCAGAUAACGAUAUUUACGAGGGUGAAUGGUUCUUCGGAGUGCGCAAUGGUAAUGGCAUGUGCUGCAGCCCUAACUUUGGAACACUUUACAGCGGGAAGUGGCUGGCCGGAAAAUGGCAUGGUCGGGGCGAGCUGGCGGAACCUGAAGGGCUGUAUAUUGGCGAUUUUGUUGACGGCCAAAUACGGGGAUACGGAGAGUACCUGUACCGUGAGGGAUAUGCGUAUAAAGGCGAUUGGGUGAAUGGCGUGUACGAAGGCUCGGGAACAUUUUUCUAUACUAACGGGGCUAGGUACGAAGGCCAGUGGCGAAACGGCUAUGAGCACGGCCGUGGAACGAUGACCUACUACAAUGGGGAUGUUUAUACCGGAGAUUGGUGUAACGGACGGAAGCACGGCACGGGGACAUAUACAAGUAAGUUGCUUCAGUACGAAGGAGGGUGGAGCAGUGGUGCUGUUCAUGGCAUCGGGAAAUGCACAUACGCCGACGGGUCCAUGUAUAAGGGUUCCUGGUGUAGGGGACUAUACGAUGGCGAUGGUGAGUUUGUUUCCCAAGACAAAAAAUGUAGCUACAAGGGUGAGUUUCGAGGCGGUAAGCGUUGCGGACGAGGUGUGUACCAAUGCGGGGAAGUUGAGUACUCUGGUGACUGGCUAGAUGACAGGAGACAUGGUGUGGGUGAAAUCAAAACACGGGAUGGCCGCGUUUUCCGUGGCACGUGGAGCCAUGACGAGCCUCACUGUGAGGUAGUCCCUGGUUGUAACCUUGAGGGGACCUCUCUUUCCUACUGUGGGGGAAGGGGUGCCCCAAUUGCUCCAGAAGAGCCGGAUCCGGUGCUCAACAUGCGGUUGGGUUUGCCAGACGAGGUGAUCGAUUGUAUGGCGGAUGCACCAACAUGA